CCGCACCCUCUCUUUAUUCUCUCUCUCUCUCUGGUUUCUGCAUAUUUCCCCUCCUCCGACUCGAACUCCCACCGCCAUCGCUUCUACUAAACGGUCGAUCGAACGCCCUCGCACGCUCUCUCCCGCGCGAUUCGGCCCGCUCCGCGAGGAUGGGAGACGAAUGCCCCUCCGCCAGUGCGGCUCCGAAGACCAGGAAGAGGGCGAGGGACGACGGGGAUUUCAAGAGAGUCGCGGAGAUCGUUAUGGUUUUAUCGGCCUUGGGACAGAUGCGAGGUGGCAAGGAGCCGGCGGCGGCCGAGAAGGCGCUGGUGACCGAGGCCAAGGAGAGGCUUGUGGCGAUGUGCGAGGCCGUCAAACCGAAGGAGCUCGUCUCCACGGAGGCAGUGAGGGUCGUGGCGGAGGAUCUCGGGCUGAACAGGUCUAAGGAUCCUGCUUUGGGAUUCCGGCCGCCCAGGAUGUCCAUCGCAGAGAAGUUGAUGCUGUCCAAGAAAAAGAUGGAAGUGUCCAAGGAAACAAAUGUGCAUUCAUCAGUUCAUUCCUCUCAACAGCUUCCUGUAAGUGUUGGUGCAAAAUCUGAAUCUCGUGGUACCAUUGCAUCUGGUGCUUCUAGGAUUUUACAGGACAAGAGUCCUAUGCCAACAUCUUCUGGAGGCUUUCAUAAUUCUUCAACUAUAUCUCAUGUUCCUGUGCUGGCCUAG